UUCCCUCCUUUAGCCGGAGCACUAUUGAUGUGCGACUGGCAUGAAAACAAGAUGGCUGCCGCCAUGGUGCAAAUGUCAUGUUUGUACCGUGGGGUUUUAGCGGUCAGGACACGGGCAAUCAGACCACUGAUUCCCGGCAUCGUGCCACUUCAGUUUAGGACUUUCACAAUGAAGAAAAACUCGGAGUUGGAGGACAAUCCAUUCUACCGUAAAUAUGCAGGCCAGAUUGAGCAACUGCGAAGCUCUAAGCCUCAAGAAUUCAAAGCUAGGAUGGAAAAGAGGACCACGGUGGAAAGGGAACCGUUGGGGUACUCGAAGCAAGCAGAGUUUAUUAAAGUCAUGGAGCAAGAGCUAGAUAAACGAAAGGAAAAUGUGACGAGUUCUGGGGGAUUUACCAAAAACAAGACCCUGGCAUCAAUCCUUAAUAUUGACAUGGUCCAGGAAAAGUCAGGGACAGAAAUCGGUGAGCUUUGGAUGCAGUACUUUGCCACAAAGGACACAAUCAGUGCGGUCAUUCCAGAAGAAACAUUUAAAGUUAUUCACAACAGAGCCGUGUCCUGCCCUAUGUUCCUGUAUGCCCUGCCUCAGAAUGAGGGCUAUGAGUUUUUCUUGGGUCAGUGGUCCGGACAGGAACUGCACUUCACGUCACUGAUUAAUGUUCAGACCUUGGGAGAGAACGCUCCAAGCCAACUGGUUUUGUAUCACUAUUCAGACCUGCUGAAAAGCAAAGGGAUUGUGCUCAUGACUGCCGAGAUGGAUGCCAAAUUUAUAGGCGUGCAUCAGGCCCAGUGUUUAGCCAAUCAGGUGCAGCUUUUCUAUGGCGCGCAGCGACAAGAGACCUUCCAACUGGUUGAGACAUUCAACCACCAGCCAACAAUGUUCAAACACAUGGCAGUAAUAGCUGAGUUGGAGCAAGGUGGCAUCAGUCCAGGAGUGUCUCCAGUGAAGAGUUAAAGCCAGGAAGGACCGAGAAAGAGGACUUGUGCUCUAGCAUGGAGAUGAACAUACAUGCAUUCGCCUGUCCCUUUGGACCCACAAGGCAAUGGGGAUCGGCGUUUCUGCUGAGACUGGGUCUGAUCGGGCCUCCAUCUUUGUAUCUCUCACAUGUUAUUUCUGCUCAGUGUUCUGAGAAGACAGUGACCCCUUGUUCUUUCAUCCUGUAGACCCCACUGCAAUAAAUGGUGAAAUUAUUUUGUGGA